UGGGUACGUGAUACUCUACCUUGGAAGUCUCAUCAACCACUUGUUUUCGACAAGCAAGUCGAACACUAUUGCGAUGGAUGUCACAUCACUAGAUACAGAGGAUUGAGGCUUUGGUGGAAAUCUCCGGCUUCUGUAUCGGGUGAAGGUCAGGCCGACAGCUAUCUUUGCAAUUCCUGCUACACAACAAAAAAGAAAUGGAGUGCAGUCAUGCCUGAAGGUUAUGAAGAUGUUGAGACUUUCAAGAGUUUGGUAGCCCGCAAGAAACAGCUUCAAGGCGCAGUCCUUGAAAACGAUAUGUUGAUGGAUGAUGCGAUCUCACGCAGAAAACGCAUGCUUGCUCGGUGUUAUCGUGCAUGGAAGGAAGAGCUCAAAUGCACAAGUUGCGAUCGGGCGAGGAUAAGGGCUUUUAAAGUCUGGUGGAAAAGUCCUACGGGCAGUCAUAUCUGCCACUAUUGCUAUACCAAACCCGAUUGGAGCGAAAUCAUGCCCAAAGGUUUCGAAGAUGCCAGGUUAUACAGCGAUCUGGUGGCACGAAAGAAGGACAGCUCACUCUACUCUUCCGGUUCUCCGGACCGAAGAAGGACCUCAUAUGCUACACUGCGUUCAGAUCCAGAAGCCUGGCGCGCUCACUUGGACAUGAUAGCUGCAUCGAAAAAGAAGCGACAUGACGAGGAUUCUGAGUAUCGCAGGCACGCGAGACAGCUCGCCAAACUCCGUCACGAACAGAUGAAGAACGAUCCAGCGUAUCUCACUCGAAAUCUUAUCAUUCCCUAUUAUUGCAAUACCCAUGGACUCGCACGGGGCUUCCUUGGAAGUUUUAUUGUCCUAUUCGGAUGCGAAAUAACAAGACGUGGAGGUUUCAAGAUUUGGUGGCGGAAAGCCAACCAGACCGCAGAAGAUUUCAAAACAAAACCUGAAUUUCUCUGCCAUAUCUGCUUCAACCGCCAAGACGACUGGACCUGCGCGACGCCAGAGGGUUACGAAGACGUCAAAACUUUGGAAGAAGUUUUAGCCCGCAAGCAACAACUUGUAGGGCUUGAUGAGGGCGAGCGCUUGGGUCCGACCGGGCUUUACCGCCAAACGGUGAAGUUCGAGGGUUGGUGCCGGCAUGAGUGGUUUCGCGAGUUGCCUUGGAAAACCCAUCGACCGUCUUGGACCGAGGAAAGGGUCGAGGAUCAUUGCGCGCGCUGCGAGUACUCAAGACAUAGAGCCUUGAAGCUUUGGUGGCGUUCGAGU